AUGAUAGCAAUCCUCGCCACUGCCCUCUUCAUCUUGAUUUCGGGUACAGCUUAUGGCUAUCCCAACUUAGGGUUCAAUCCUGGUGCCAAGUUUGGCAGUGGCAGUUUCGGCAUCGGUGGGCCCGGUUUCAACUUCGAUGGUGGCAGCCUUGGCAACGGGGCGGCUGCUUUCAAGCCCGGUGCCGGGUUUGGCGGUGGCAACUUCGGUGGAUCCGGUUUCAAGGCAGUUGGCGCUGGCAAUGGGCUCAGUGGUGGCUUCGGAAAUUCUGGCUUUAACGCAGGUGGCCGCUUCGGCUACGGUAGCUUCGGCUAUGGAGGAGCGGGUUUCGAGUUCGGCGCUGGCAACCUCGGCAACGGGGCAGCUGGUUUCAAGGCCGGCGCUGGGAAUGGUGGUAGUAGUUUCGGCUUUGGAGGACCUGCUGUGAACUUCGGUACUGGCAACGGUUUCGGCAGUAUCGGCUUUGGAGGACAGAGUCUCAAGGCAGCCGGUGCCGGCCUUGGACUUGGUGCAGGCUUCGCAGGAUUUAAGUCAGGUUCUGGCAACGCCUUCAGCAGCUUCGGCAGCGGGGGACCUGCUUUCAACCCUGGUUUUGGCUUCCGGGCUGGAUAUGCCCAAGGAUUCAGCGCUGGUAUUCAAAAACUCGGCUUAAAUAACGGUUCCGGUGCCUACUGGUGA